UUCUCCACUUCAAAUAAUUUGAUUACUAUGUAUAAAAGGUUGAUUGUAUAACAAAAACAUUAAUUGACAAGUCUCAAGAGGAUAACCAAGUAAGAAGAUGGCAGCACCAGUUACCACACAACCACAACCACAGGCUGGGAGUUUGCUUGUCUCAACAGUUCAUGGUCAUCGAAAUUGGUCCACUGGUAUUUUUGACUGUUUCUCAGAUCUCAAAACAUGUAUUAUAUCGUGGUUCUGUUUGCCAUGCAUGACAUGUAAUCUAUCAGGCAGACAAGGUGAUUGUGCUUGUAUGCCAUUUUGUGUGCCUGGUGGGUCUAUUACCAUGAGAUCUAGGAUCAGAACACUUGGCGGAAUUCAGGGUACUGUGUGCAAUGACUGUCUUGUGAUGCAGUUUUGUGGUCCGUGCGCAAUUUGUCAGAUGUCUAGAGAACUUGACAAUAUGGGCAUUCCAUAACCAAGACAGACAAAUUCAAAUGAAAACAUUUAAACAACAUAUAGACAAAACAAAUUUUAGUCUCAUAAGAGUUUAUACUGCUCUUCAAACAUGUUUACUAUAAAUCUUAUUCAAUCUUUUUGUGAUUGAAGGCAUAUAUAUCACAUUUUUUAUAAUUUG